AUGAAGUACGGUUCAGUGUUGGUGGCCGCGCUUGCUGCCCUCGCAGAAGCUACCAUCCCCAUUCCCAAGGGCGGAGUUCCUGGUCAACCUAUCCAGGAGAGCGGGAAGGGAGGUGUCUUUUCCGGUGGUACCAACAAUGAACUUGAUCUCCAGAAUCCAAGCAAUAUCGGCGGCCAGCCCGACACCGACAAUGGCCUUGUUCCAAACUUGAAAUGGAGCUUCUCCCUUUCCAAGACACGAAUGUUGUACGGCGGUUGGAUCCGUGAGCAGGUCAUCCAGGAUCUACCAGCCAGUCACGACAUUGCCGGCGCCCAAGUCCAUUUGAUCAAGGGUGCCAUCCGACAAAUGCACUGGCACAGAGUUGCUGAAUGGGGUUACAUCUACGCUGGUGAAUUCCUAGUAUCUGCCGUCACUGAGGACGGCCAGUUCCAGCUCGAUAAGCUCGGAGUUGGUGACAUGUACUACUUCCCCAAGGGAUCUGCCCACUCUCUCCAGGGUCUUGCAGACGAGAACGAGAUUCUCCUGAUUUUCGAUGACGGUGACUUCGACCGUAUCGGUACCACCUUCAUGGUUGCCGACUGGAUCUCCCACACUCCAAGAGAUGUCCUGGCCAAGAACUUUGGCGUCCCGCUUGGCACCUUCGACAAGGUCCACAAACCCGAUCCAGCCCUUCUCAAUUCUACCAUCAGCACCAAGACCGUCGAAGGUGGAAACGGCCCUCUCACUGGCAACAGCUCCUACACCUUCCACAUCGCCAAUGCUCCAGAGAUACAGGUCCCCGGUGGUGGUGGUACUAUCCAGAUUGUCGACUCCAAGAAUUUCCCUAUCUCUAAGACCAUUGCUGCCGCUGUUGUCCGCCUAAAGCCCGGUGGCAUGCGUGAGCUUCACUGGCACCCAACUGCUGAGGAAUGGGUCUACUUCCACAGCGGAAAUGGCCGCGCUACUGUCUAUAUGGGUGGUGGCCUUUCCCGAACCUUCGACUUCACUGCUGGUGAUACCGGUGUCUUCCCCGACAACUCCGGUCACUACGUUGAGAACACCUCUGAGACUGAGGAGCUUGUCUACAUCGAAGUUUUCAAGGCCGACCGUAUUGCCGAUGUCUCUCUCAGCCAAUGGCUCGCCCUUACUCCUUCAGAUAUCGCUGCUGCCGCUAUCAAUGUACCAAUCGAGGUCAUUGAGCAGAUCAAGAAGGACAAGCAGUACAUUGUCUCAUAA